AUUAGUACAGCAGAGUAUCUUCCAAACUCAUUGGAGAUUAAAAACCAGUUUUUAGAGAGAGAGAGAGAGGGGAGAGAUAGGUUUUUUAGAGUGAGAAAGAGAGGUUACAAAUUGCACUUUUCAUAAUAAAAAAAAAAACUAAAGAAAAACACCAGCAAUCAAUCAAUCAAUAAAAAGAAAGAGAGAGAAAAUAAAGCUGCCAAAAAAUAAUAGGCUAGCUUGCCUGUUUUCCGCCGAGUUAAUUAUGUGUUUGUUGCUUGCUUUUGCUUGUGAAAUUUGUUUACAGACAUGGUGAUGGGCAAUGCUAGUGGAAAAGGUGACGGUGAAGGCACUUCAUCAUCAGGAGUUAAAUACGGAGGAGAGGAGGGUUAUCAGCAAGAGGAGGGUAUGGAGUUUGCUGCACAUGGUGGGGUUGCACCCAUUAGCUAUCAUCAUAGUCAGGGUGUGUAUGCAGAGGCAGAGCCCAUGGUUCACUCUCCUCCUCGUAAUCCUGUGGGAUACUUGCAGCCUCCUCCCUUGUUCACGCCACAGGUCCCCAUGGCUCCAUUACCAAGAUCUGGUGAAAUGACUCAUGCGCCAAAUUAUGCUUUGGUGCCUAAUACAACAGAUUUUAGGGGUGUGGUUCCUGAGAAUCUGAGAGCUGUGAUGAUAACAUGGAGUUUUGAUGGCAAGCAAGUAGCUGUGACUGGAUCGUGGGAUAAUUGGAACAGGAGGGAACCCUUGCAAAGGAUGGGUAAAGAUUUCAUUAUUAUGAAGAUGCUACCAGCAGGUGUUUACCACUAUCGCUUCAUUGUUGAUGAAAACUUUAGGCAUGUUCCAGACCUACCAUGGGAGCGUGAUGAAUCGGGUACUGCUUACAAUAUUUUGGAUGUGCAGGAGUACGUUCCAGAAGCUCCAGAAAGUCUGUCUGAGUUUGAAUCUUCUCCUUCCCCAGUUUCAAGCUACAAUAAUGAAUCUCUGAAUGACAAUGAUUUUGGCAAGCUUCCACCUGAUAUACCUCCACAACUGCAAUUAACACCAUUAAGCGAACAAUCUUCUGCUACGGACGGUUACAAAUCACAGCGAAGGCCUCGGCAUGCAGUGUUGAACCAUCUUUAUAUUCAAAACAGCCGAGGUGAGCCCGUUGCACUUGGCUCAACAAAUCGCUUUCUCCAGAAGUAUGUAACAGUAGUACUAUACAAACCCACAAGGAGGUGAAGCCAUACCGUAUUCUUUAAACUUCUAGAUGCUAGAGUUGGAUUUUGUUUGAUGCAAGUAUCAUUGUUAAAAAGAAUUAAGAUUUCCAGCCCAUGGAAAUAGUUAAGUUGAGGAAAGAGUUAGCAUAGUAAAAGGUUGAAUUCUUUACCACAGGCUUGCUUAUUUAGUUGCUGCUCAUUCUGAGAAUUAUAUAUUGGUAAUGUGUUUGUGUGUC